UUGGCUCUGGUCUUUCUUCGACUGCAUGUUGAAACCUAAAUGGUCAUACAGUUUUAAAGAGAGCGACAAGAUCAGAAGAAAGAAACCAUCAAGACCAUGUAUAGUACUAAACACGCCUAAAACGUGCGACGUUAUGUCUGCACAAGGGGACUGCGAGUUUCUCGUGAAACGAUCCCGCGAGCUAGUGUCAGAAGAUCCAUGGGCUGCAAAGGCAUGGCUAAUAACAGCCCGUACUCUUUAUCCUGCUGACUUCAACAUUCAGUACGAGAUGUACACCAUCGAGCGCAACGCUGAGAAGACUGCUUCCGCUGGCAGACUGCUGUAUGACAUGUUCAUCAACUUUCCUGAACAACCAGUGGUGUGGCGUGAGAUCUCAGUCAUCACAUCGGCACUAAGAAGUGACUGCCAAGACAAGCACGCACUCUUUUUGAGAGGUUUGUUUGAGACCCUUCCAGGGCGCAUUCAGUGUGAGAUGCUCCUGAAGGCUACAGAGCAGUGUUUCAAUACUUUAGAGAAGGCUGAGAUGUUGCUGCUGUUACUAAGAAGAUUUCCUGAGUCGGUAGUUCAGCAUGGGGUCAGCUUAGGGGAGUCUCUAUUAGAGGCUGAGAAUGUAGAAGACUUGGACACACCAGUCAACUGCUUCAGAAAACUUUUUGUCUGUGAUGUUCUCCCGCUGAUCAUGAACAACCUGGACAUGCGUCUACCUCCGAGCCUCUUGUGCAAGUACAUGCAUAAGGCAGCAGAGUUCUACAUCUGUUAUGUCACGCGCGGCCCAUCUACAGAUGGACAGAUACAAGGUGGUCAGGAGGGCGUGCUGAAGUCCCCCGGGGUGCUGCGUGGGGCGCAGCGCUAUGUGAUCGACGGCCUGUCCGAGAAGUCGUCUGUGGUGGCCGAGCCCUGGGAGAGACUGCUGGACAUCCUGGCUGUGGUGGGAGCGCGGUGUGAGUGGCAGGGAGACAAGGGGAGCAGGAGUUACCUGGAGCUGCUGCAGCGCGUGAAGGAGCUGUGCCGCUACCUGCCCAGUCUGGAGGGGGAGACGCUGUCCCGCUGCUGCAGUCAGGUGGUCACCUGUGCUGCCCUCGUGCUCUUCCGCAGUGCCUACCUCUACGUGUCCGUUGUGCAGCCUUCACUUUUCCAUGGUCACAGUUCACUGGGUUCAGGCCCAUGGAUCCUCCUGGAGGACUUGUCAAUGGUGUUCAGUGACAUUGAAGUGGAGAGAGCGUCAGGCAAGCAUGCACACAAAAAGCGCAAGCUGGCCGACGGCAGAGAGAAGACGAUGAGCUCAGACGAUGAGGAGGGUGCAGGGAAGGGCCGAGGGCGCCACGUCCUGGUCAAUAAGACGGAGAUGCAGGGCUGGAUGGAGACGCUGGAGAGCUUCCGCACGGCCAGGGAGAGCUGGGACCUGCUGCACUCCCACGACACCCUGGAGACCGAGUUCAACAAGAUGUGUGCAGCCUGGAAAACAGACAGCUGGCUGUGGCUCCGGAUAUUCCUUAGUGAUAUGAUCAUUUACCAGGGCCAGUACAGGAAGGCUCUGUCCAGUCUGGUCCAGAUGGCCUCUUUCCAGCCCCAGUCGAGUCCAACCCCCCCUGGAGGCGGCAGCCUGGAGAACCACAGGGCUCUGAUUCAGCAGGCAUCCUGCCACUACGCACUGGGAGAACACAGGUUGGCAUGUGAAAAAUUGCUUGAGGUUGCUGGUGGACUGGUCCCGCAAGCCCAGGACCAAGGGAAGCAUUGUGAGGAAAAUGGAAAACCAAGGACCAAAUCUAGAAAGGGAAAUGGCCUCAGGCUCCUGCCAUGUACAAGCAAGGCAAUCUUGCCUUACUGUCUCCAGUUGAUGCUGGCCUGUUUCAAGCCGCGGGCCUUCACGGACGUCAGAGACGACCUGGCCCUGGGUCAUGUGGUCGUGCUCCUGCAACAUGAUUGGCCACAGGGCGAGACACUGUUUCUGAAGGCAGUGGAUAAAAUCUGCCAGCAGGGCAGCUUCCAGUACGAAAACUUCUUCAACUAUGUCACCAACAUUGACAUGCUGGAAGAAUUUGCUUACCUUCGCACCAGCGAGGGAGGGCGUGUCCAGCUGGAGCUAUUGCCCAAUCAGGGCAUGCUCAUCAAGAACCCCAGCCCCGCUCUGGGGGUGGAGUUUAACCCCCUGCUGCUUCCUGGGGCGCAGCCGACUGACAGGCACCACACAGUGACACGUGGCAUCACUAAAGGAGUGAAAGAGGAUUUCCGUCUGGCGAUGGAGAGGCAAGUGUCUAGAUGUGGGGAGAAUCUCCUCACCGUGUUGCACCGGUUCUGCAUCAAUGAGAAGAUCAUCCUCAUUCAGUCGUUAGCUUAAGGGCUUUGAAGCUUUCAACACUGACUUGUUUCUACUUUGGACUGAAGUGUGCCUACUCCUCACCAUUAGGGGUUCUUGUGUGAUCCUGAGCCUCACAUCUAGUUUCAUCAUCAUUUGUGUCAAACAAUAACGAUGGUCUUUCCAUCGUGCUGUGACAAAAACGCUACUUCUCAGGACUAAGACAUUCAUUCCCCUGUGCUUCAUGUGAUUUUCCUCUUCAUGUUUCUCAUCUUUUUGCUUUUUGUGCUGAAAAGUGCAGUUCACCCUGUUGCGGGUUUGUUUCCCCUAUUGAAGAUACUGGUUUGGUCUUCACCUGGGCAUAAUGUGGAGGCUAUGGAGAAUUUGUGUGAUUGGCUACGUGGACAUGAGUAGUGUAUUCAGUGGAUUUCCUGAUAGGUUAGAUGGAUAGCUGGGUAUUGGUAAUGCUUUAGGUAUCUUGAAGUGUUGCAUUGUCAAAAUUGUAUUUUUACCUUAUCUUUAUUUUCUUUAAUGUCUCUUCAUAUACUGUGACCGUUUGUAAAUUAUGCCAUUAUCCCACAAAGGGAUAUUUCAAAUAAAUACAAGUAUUACAUUUCUAAAA